AAAUGAUUCGAAACUUGGUACAACGAUUUCCUACAAGCUUUAAGCGGUGUUAUGAGCUGUCAUAGUUUUGGUGAAGCGUUUUGAUACGACUAUAACUCGAAUGAUAGCAGUGGCAGGACUCGUAAGUGGCGUCCGAUGUCUGUAAUUGAGUUCCGGUGAUGGAUCUGAAAGCUCUGUUGCAGCGUUUUGACGGACGGUCCCGGUUGCUUCUUCAUUCGCUGCAUUCAGGAGCAGCCGGGGCGAGCAAUGCGCAGACAGUUUUCAAUAAACAGCGCAGGUCUGAUCCAGACUUCACGUUAAAUCCGUUUUUAGAAACUUUGUGCCAGCAAGAAGCAUGUGUGCACGAGGAUGCGCUCGUUCUUAAACCUUUGGUGUGCCUGUUUUCUGCAGGCUUUAAACGGAAUCUGCUGUGUUUUCUACAUCUGAUUAACCCUGAACUGCCCAAAGACCAUGUUCUCCCCCUGCUUCAGUGUCUGACUCAGGAUGAUGUGGAAAAUCAGUGGACGUGUGCCUUAAUCAAGCAGCUCCAGAGAGAUAUUGAGGGCACUGGGAAAGGGACCCCCCUCACCUCAGACUGUACAGGGAAACUAAAGAGUCUCUGUGAGAGAUUCAGGAACGCUAAUGCGAAAGGAAAUUGGGCCUCUUGUUUUAAAGAGCUUGAAGCAGAGAAUAAGGGGAGCGACGUGACCGUUUUAUCUCAGAAAAAGAGGAAAAGCGACAACAUGGAUCAUGAUGGAGACGCCCAAGAAGAUCAACAAAGUAAAAGGGUAAAGAUGGAUUUCUGUCCAAGUCAAGAAGAAGAGAGGUUGACUGAAGAGGAGGAACUUAAAAUGAGAACGUCCCAGCUGGAACGGAGUGCUGCUUCUGAAUCACAGGCUCGCUCUGAUGUGUUGGGGUCUUCAAAAGACUUGCCAGACCACCUGAAGGCUGCUGUUCCUGUGAUCAAAGAAUUACUGGACACAGAGUCAACGUGGGAUGAGAGCUCUGUGUCUGCUCUGAAAGUAUUUCAUGAAUGUGACCCCAGUGAGGUGGAAGUGUUGUGUUCGAUGCUGUGUUUGUCUGAAGCAUCUGAACAGAGUUUACCUCAGUUCUGUAGCUGUCUGUUGGAACUGUCGCCAGACCUCAGUCACAGCACCGCUUCUGCUCUGAUCACGCAUCUUCUGCUGCCAAAAGUUCUGUCCCUUGCAGAACCUGCCUCUCGUUGUUUGGUAACAGCAGUGAUGUCUCUUUGCACUCGUUACCCCAGGCCAGCCUGCUAUGCUCUGAUAGAGCCAAUCUUACAGAAGGGUCAAACCGGAAGCUCCCAGACAGAGUUACUCUGUAGACUGGUAGUGGACUGCCUUGAGCAACAUCACAGGGUUCUUGUAUUUCGAACAAUACUUGGAGUCUCCUGGGAUGAGGGAGUGUUAUCCGUCAUCCAUGCACUGUUGGAUUCAAAGCUUGAGCUGACCGAGGAGGAUUUCUCUCUCUUCACCAAUCAGCUUUGCAGUCAGUCUCCACAUUUCAGUACAUCUAUGAAGUUUGCCAAAAUGUUGCUGAGCAUCUUGACCAAGUAUCAGUCAAAUGUGAAUCCUGCAUGCCGCCACACACUUUCCAGUUGCCUAUCUUUCAAUCAAACCUUCCUCAAGAAAUCAUUGCAGGCUGCAUUAAAACGGAUUUCCCUUUAAAUCAUUUAAUGCCCAUUUUAAAUUCCACUUUACUAGAUGAGUUUCAGUCAAUCUGAUUGUAUAAUAUUGUAAGUGUAAUAAAAACGUCUUCAUAUUG